AUGGCUUUGAAUGAUACUCCGAGCCGACAAGAUGCCGAUAGCAUCACGACAAAGGACUCUUAUCCGGUCCCAUCGGAGUCCCCAAGAUCACCCCAAGAGCACCAAGAGCACCAAGAGCACCAAGAACACCAGGACAACUCGGGCCAGCGAAACGUCUCGCCCGAUAGGUUUGACCCUAAGGCAGGCGAGAACAGAUUACGUCCGGCUGGUGACAUCAUCAAUCGCAUUAUCUGGGAUUCAGCAUUUGAUCCAAGUGACUAUGUGAUUGGAUUUGUCGACCGAUUCGAAGGACAAAUGGAAGUCACUGUGGGCAGCUGGAAGAAGGAGACAACCGAUGAGGAAUUUAUUCCACAACACCGUUCUUUGCCACGCCUGAAAACCAACGUACCUCUGCUAGAGCAAUCCUCUAAUGCAGCCUGCAAUGCUUUACCACUGGAGGCACUCCCAGAUGCCACGACAUCUCCGACCAUCCUGCCAGAGAUUCCGGCGAAGAAACCGUCAUUGAUCAAACUGGGCAAGCCCGAAGAGGAGAAUGUUCCGCCAGUGGCGCGCGGGCCCGAUACCUCGUCUUUCCGUCUUCCCCAGGGAUGUCCAGCAGACGUUUCGCCGCUGACAUUGACAAAGAGAUCGUUCUAUGACGACAAGUUCUCACUCCGUGGGUCUCCUAAUUCGCCGCGGGACCGCGUCACCUUUGAAUGUGUUUUUGUCGUUGAGCUCAAGACCAACAUCAAGGUGAAAGAAGAUACACAUUAUAUACUGUCGGAACUUGUCCGCCGUCUUGCCCAGCUCUACGACCGCCCGGAGACACAAAUGCUCGUCACUAUUGAUCAAAAUGCUGAUCUAGUUUUUGGCACCCCAUCCGAUUCUGGAGCUUACCUGUUGAAGAUCAGUGCUCAUUCAAGUAUGAUGACACCACGCGUCAACGCGCGGAUUACAAACAACAUGCAAUGCACCCUUGAAGAACUCCUUGGAAUUACUUCCGACAGAGGAAUAGUCAUCUUCACCCCGGUGAUGGAAGAAAAUCUGGGAAGAAACGGGACCACGGCUUGGGCUGAGAUCGAUCGUCUCGAAAGAGUGAGCAGCAUGAGCCCCUCAGUCUUCCAAACUCUCUCGCGAUCCGUCAGUCGGCGCAUAAAACUGAGCAGCGGCACCAGCGCUCCAAUGUCACUCUUUUCACCCAGGACCGAUGUCACAACCAGCACUCCGUCUUCUCCUUCAGUUUUUGAUCCCGCUGAAACUUCUUCGCGGCACCCAUACCAGCCGGAUGACAAGAGGCCGACAGAUCGAUCGGAGUCAGGAAGGUCGCCUAAGGGGGAGCAAGAGCAGGUUCCACCUACAGAUGUGAAGCCAGGGCAAACUCUGAGCAAGAAGGCGAGCUUCAAAUAUAUUUUCAGUCGUCUGAGCGGAUCGGGCGAGCGAAAAUCGAAGAAAGAGUUCAACGAUUCCCAGAAGGAGAAUUGA